AUGGCGCCGCACAGUCUGAUGGAUAGCCAUUACGAUGGUCAAACCAGUGGAGAGCAUGCCUUACAGACCAACAGAAUCGACCAUUUGACUCAAGCCGGGAACGGGAAGUCUACCUGCAACAAAACUCACCUGCGAAGAACACCAUCCGCGGAAGUCCAUGACCUCAUCUGUGUUGGGUUUGGCCCGGCGAGUCUGGCUGUCGCGGUGGCUCUCCAUGAUUCCAUAGACGGCGGCAAGCUAUCCGACUCGGCCGGGGCAUCGCCGCCGAAAGUUCUGUUUCUGGAGAAACAGUCGCGCUUCGCAUGGCAUGCGGGAAUGCUCUUACCGGGUGCAAAGAUGCAGAUAUCCUUCAUCAAAGACAUGGCGACCUUGCGAGAUCCAACCUCCAAAUUCACCUUCCUGAAUUAUUUACACCAGAACGGACGGCUUGUGGAGUUCACCAACUUGAGCACCUUUCUCCCCGCACGGGUUGAGUACGAAGAUUACCUACGCUGGUGUGCCGCAUCAUUCGACGACGUUGUGCAGUACGGCAGCGAGGUCGUCUCGUUAUCCCCUGUCCAGCCCGCCGACUCGUCCGAGCCAGUAUCAACCUUCUCGGUCACCUCCAAGGAUGUCAAGUCAGGGUCCCUCACGACCCAUCGGGCCAAAAACGUGCUCGUCGCCAUUGGUGGACAGCCCUCGAUACCGAAAUGCCUGCCCUCGAAUCACCCUCAAGUUGUUCACUCGUCUCAGUAUGCGCAUCUAGUUCCAAAGACCCUGAACCAACCAGAGGCUCCGUACCGUGUGGCCGUCAUCGGCGCUGGACAAAGCGCGGCGGAGAUAUUCAACAACAUCCAGACCCUCUAUCCAAAUUCCCACACAGCGCUGGUCAUGCGCUCGGAGUUUCUAAAGCCCAGCGACGACUCGCCAUUUGUCAAUUCCAUAUUCAACCCCGAGUAUGUUGACUCUCUCUACCCGAGGCCGGCAGAAUUGCGGCAGUCUCUGCUGGCGGAUGCACGAAGCACCAACUACGGUGUCGUCCGCCUGGAGCUCAUUGAGCGCUUGUACGAGAAGAUGUAUGACCAGAGACGGGACAUUGGCAGCGACGAGAAGAAAUGGCCCCAUCGCAUCUUGGGUGCUACCGAUAUUGUGGGGUUCGAGAGCCAGUCUGGGAAAGCCCGCCUAAUGUUCCGGCCCCUGAGCGAGGCCAAACGCUCAGCGGGUGAUUGUGGACAGAACGACGUGUGCGACGGUGCAUCUGGAGACGAGUUCCUCGAAGUAGACCUGGUCGUCGCAGCAACAGGCUACAAGAGACAAUCGCACUUGACCAUGAUGGAAGACAUGGCGACCUUGUUACCGGAGGCCGGCGAGACCAGUGGAGUACCGGCAACCAACGGACUGAAACCCAAAGCCGCCGAAGCCAAGAUCAAAGACCGUCCGGUAAGAGUAUCACGAGACUACAGCGUGCAGUUUGCUCCGGGUAAAGUAUCAGCGGGAUCUGGCGUCUGGCUUCAAGGUUGCUGUGAAGGAACGCAUGGGUUGAGCGAUACCCUGCUGUCUAUCUUGGCCACUCGCUCGGGAGAGAUUGUCAAUUCGAUAUUCAGCGACCGCAAAUCCAAGUAG